AGAGUUGUGAGAGCAGCCCGCUCUUAUUAACUGAAAUAACCGAAGCGCAACAGCAAGCCAACACAAAUCAGUACCAGAAAGGUUUUUACGAUGCCAACCAUAUUAUCAUCUUCAACUGAAAUAAAGAACAUGAACAAGGAGGAUAAACCAGACAGUCCCAGGAGACUAGACAAGUGGCGUUUUCGUCGCCCGUUGACAGACAAACUGAACCCAGGUGAGACUCUGCUCUGGUCCCAAUCAUUGGAAAACCUUCUCAGAUCCAAAUAUGGCAUGGCAACGUUCCACACCUUCCUCAAAUCUGAGUUCAGCGAUGAGAACAUUGAAUUUUGGCUGGUUUGCGAAGACUUCAAAAAAAUAAGGAGCUCCUCCAGACUAUCCUCAAGGGCCAAGAAGAUAUUCGAGCAUUACAUCAGGGCAGAAGCUCCCAAAGAGAUAAACAUCGAUCACAUCACGAGAGAGCUCAUCAAGCAGAACGUCCAAGCUCCCACCAGAGAGUGUUUCGAUGAAGCUCAGAGGAUUGUCUACGGUCUCAUGGAGAGGGAUUCCUAUCCCAGGUUUCUUCGCUCUGACAUGUACAGAGCACUUCUGGAAUCAGUCACACAAAGGAUUAAGGUCUGAGAGCAUCUUAUACGAAGGACUUUGGGACUCCAAAAGCAUCCGUGGGACUGUUGGAGCAAUGGACAAGACGGCCGUGGAGUAGUCAAGCUUCGCUGAGAUUCGGGCCUGGACUUGGGUUGCGCUGGACGUUGAAUAAGCUUGAAUAAGCUAUUGUUUGUAUGUACUGUAUUACACUGCUCUAUUGUUCUGUGUGGCUGUGGGAUUUACAAAGACAAAUGAGCUUUCUGUACCGCUCGCCUGUGAUGAACCACAGGAGAUCUUCAACGUGCCGCGACCGCAGGAACACCAUAUGGACAUUAUUUAACUUUAUUACUUUGAUGAGUGUCAAAUCUGGUUAGCAUGACAUGCCUCGGGAAUAAUACUAACGUCAUUUUAAGAACUAAUUAUUUAAUAUUAACUCAUUACGCAAUGAGCAACAACAAUUUCAUGGACACGAAACGAUCUGCAAAUGUAAAUCCCAUUGUUUUUGUGUCCGUUGGGGAACGUAUGGGACAUUCUUACAAAAAUAUGCAUAACAAGCCUAGCCAUUUACAAUUUUUUUAUAAGAUUUCUCAGUUGGAUAUUAUUUCAGGGGGUCAGCAAGUAAAAUAAAAGUUUGGCUUGUGUUUCCUGGAUUCAUCAGCUCUUGAUUUCUGAAUGGCAAAUGAAUAUGAUGAACUUACUGUACAUUCAGAUUGUCUGGGUGUUCGUUUUUAAGAGCCGUUUAAUAACUUAAUAAACAAAACUGUUAAUAGAAA